AUGACCCAGUCGGUGGUGGUGCAGGUGGGACAGUGCGGGAACCAGGUGGGAUGCCGUUUCUGGGACCUGGCGCUGCGGGAACACGCCGCCGUCAACAAGAAAGGAAUUUAUGAUGAAGCCUUAAGCAGUUUCUUUAGGAACGUAGAUCCGAGAAGUGGUGAUAAUGGUCCUGAUAUUUACAGAGGAAAAAUCUGCUCUUUAAAAGCACGAGCGCUGUUGAUUGACAUGGAGGAGGGUGUGGUAAAUGAAAUUCUACAGGGACCAUUGAGGGAUGUGUUUGAUAGCAAGCAGCUUAUCACAGAUGUUUCUGGUUCAGGAAACAACUGGGCUGUAGGUCAUAAGAUAUAUGGCUGUCAGUACCGGGAAAACAUAGUGGAAAAGCUGAGAAAAACUGCUGAACAUUGUGAUUGUCUACAGUGUUUCUUUAUAAUUCAUUCCAUGGGAGGUGGGACAGGAUCUGGUCUUGGAACUUUUGUACUAAACUUGCUUGAGGAGGAAUUCCCAGAAGUAUAUAGAUUUGUUACUUCAGUUUAUCCUUCUGGUGAAGAUGAUGUUAUUACUUCUCCAUAUAACAGUGUUCUGGCUAUGAAGGAGCUUAAUGAACAUGCAGACUGUGUGCUACCAAUAGAAAAUGAAUCUCUGUUUGAGAUAGUUAAUAAAAUUCAUCAGAUGACCAAUUCUGGGAAGUUUGGAUCAACUGUGAAGCAAAACAGCUUGGUAACAUCAAGUGCAGGCAGUGCAAAAACAGUACCUGAGAAGCCAUUUGAUGCGAUGAAUAACAUCGUCGCCAACUUGCUGCUGAACCUGACCAGCUCUGCUAGAUUUGAAGGUUCCCUAAACAUGGAUCUUAAUGAAAUCAGCAUGAAUUUGGUUCCAUUUCCUCGACUUCAUUAUUUGGUUUCAAGCUUGACUCCUCUGUAUACACUGGCAGAUGUUAAUGUUCCUUCUAGAAGGUUGGAUCAGAUGUUCUCAGAUGCGUUUAGCAGAGAUCAUCAACUAAUUCGAGCAGAUCCAAAGCACAGCCUCUACCUGGCCUGUGCACUUCUUGUUCGAGGAAAUGUGCAGGUUUCAGACCUUCGCAGAAAUAUUGAAAGGUUGAAGCCUUCUCUGCACUUUGUCUCCUGGAAUCAAGAGGGCUGGAAGACUGGUUUGUGUUCAGUACCUCCUGUGGGUCAUUCCCAUUCCCUUCUGGCUUUAGCAAACAACACCUGUGUAAAACCGACUUUCAUUGAACUCAAAGACAGAUUUAUGAAGCUCUACAAGAAAAAGGCUCACCUUCACCAUUAUCUGCAAAUAGAUGGGAUGGAGCAAAGCUGUUUUUCAGAAGCUAUAUCCUCUUUGUCUGACCUAAUAGAAGAGUACAAUGAAUUGGAUGCUACAAAGGGUGGGCCUAGAAUAGAUGCUUCAAGACUGAAGAUAGCUGUUUAAAGAAGGAAGAACUGAUUUAAAAAAAAAUAACAAAUAAGCACUUUCCCUAAACAUCCAGCCACUUCAGUUAACCAGAAUGACUUUCAACAUGCCUGGCUAUUGUAAUUCCAAAGUGGGACCAGCAGAACAGCUUCCUUUCCUCAAGAGUGAUCAUUAAGUGAGGAGCCAUGCCUGUGAGAAAGAUUUGAAGGCACCUAAUUGUGGCUGGUAUCAGUAAGGACAGUAAUCCUAACUGUGGAGUAAAUUGACACACAAUAUGCUGUGAAGAAUAGGAGGAGAGGUUGCAUGUAGCAGCCAAAAAUGUAAUUAUUUUCUCAGACUUUCAACUUCCAGUAAACUAAAGGUUGGUCUUGCUUCAAGGAAGGAUCACCGUUGCUAGAUUUAGUUUUUGACAAGCAACUACGAAGAGAAGAAAAGCCCAUGUAGUCUUUUCAAAGAUGAAAGCAAGUCUCUAAUGAAACUGCUUUCUUACACUUAGCAGUAGACAUUUCAGAAUGCUUGCUCUAAGCUAUGUUUCUCAUUUUGGUAU